CUAUCCCGCUCCAUUGCUCUGUAGCUUCUUGCAGUCUUUGCCUCCGUUUCCCUCCGCUGCUGCUCUCUCUGAGCCUUGGCCUUCGCAUGCUCUCUAUGCUCCUCUUCCGUUCAUAGCCCCGGCCUUCGUCUUCCUCCAUGGAUCCGCGCUAAAUGCAUUGCGAGAUUCCAGACUGGUAGCAUUUCUUCCUGUUCCAUCUGCCGCAAGAUGUAAGCAGGCUCUCACUUGACAUUCAGAAUAUACCCUCAGAUCUUCUUGUCUGAGAAAAGCGACGCCCUUUUUGGUCCGAGCAAUGGAGGAGAGCUUCGUGCCCCUGCGGGGCAUCAAGGACGACCUCCACGGGAGGCUCGCCUGCUACAAGCAGGAUUGGACCGGAGGGUUCCGUGCCGGUAUCAGGAUCCUGGCGCCGACCACCUACAUAUUCUUCGCGUCCGCGAUACCGGUGAUAUCGUUCGGGGAGCAAUUGGAGAGGAACACUGAUGGAGUGCUCACAGCAGUGCAGACGUUGGCAUCCACUGCCGUGUGCGGCAUAAUCCACUCCAUUGUGGGAGGGCAGCCCCUGCUGAUCCUGGGAGUUGCCGAACCCACGGUGCUCAUGUACACAUUCAUGUUCAACUUCGCCAAGGACAGGCCCGACCUCGGACGGAAUCUGUUCUUGGCCUGGACCGGUUGGGUUUGUGUGUGGACUGCCAUCCUACUGUUCUUGCUGGCCAUACUAGGCGCAUGCUCCAUCAUCAACCGGUUCACCCGCAUCGCUGGCGAGCUGUUUGGGCUUCUGAUUGCUAUGCUCUUCAUGCAGCAGGCUAUCAAGGGACUUGUCGACGAGUUCCGCAUUCCUGAGAGGGAAAACCGAAAGGCACUGGAGUUUGUCCCAUCAUGGCGGUUUGCCAAUGGAAUGUUUGCAAUUGUGCUGUCGUUUGGCCUUUUACUCACUGCUCUGAGGAGCAGGAAGGCACGGUCAUGGCGCUACGGAACAGGUUGGCUGCGCGGCUUCAUCGCUGACUAUGGUGUUCCACUGAUGGUGCUAGUUUGGACUGGAGUGUCUUACAUACCUUAUGGAAAUGUACCAAAAGGAAUUCCACGACGCCUUUUCAGCCCUAAUCCAUGGUCCCCUGGUGCAUAUGACAAUUGGACAGUCAUCAAGGAUAUGACACAAGUUCCACUCCUCUAUAUCCUUGGUGCCUUCAUACCAGCAACGAUGAUUGCUGUUCUCUACUACUUCGAUCAUAGUGUUGCAUCUCAGCUUGCGCAGCAGAAAGAGUUCAAUUUGAGGAAACCUCCAUCCUUCCACUACGAUUUGCUUCUCUUAGGCUUCCUGACAUUAAUGUGUGGCCUUAUUGGUAUCCCUCCAUCAAAUGGUGUCAUUCCACAAUCACCCAUGCAUACGAAGAGUUUGGCUACUCUCAAGCACCAGCUGCUUCGUAACCGGCUAGUAGCCACCGCACGAAAGAGCAUGAGCCAGAAUGCGAGCUUGAGCCAACUGUAUGGCAGCAUGCAGGAUGCUUAUCAGCAGAUGCAGACACCACUGGUUUAUCAGCAGCAGUCUGUCAGAAGAGGCUUAAAUGAGCUCAAGGACUCAACAGUCCAGCUAGCUUCGAGUAUGGGUAACAUUGAUGCACCAGUUGAUGAGACAGUCUUUGACAUAGAGAAAGAAAUUGAUGAUCUGCUGCCCAUCGAGGUCAAGGAGCAGCGCUUGAGCAACUUGCUACAGGCUUCCAUGGUGGGGGGUUGUGUUGCUGCUAUGCCGCUACUCAAGAAGAUCCCUACAUCUGUCCUCUGGGGCUAUUUUGCCUUCAUGGCCAUUGAGAGCUUGCCUGGUAACCAAUUUUGGGAGAGGAUCUUGUUGCUCUUCACUGCUCCCAGCAGAAGAUACAAGGUGCUUGAAGAGUACCACACCACGUUCGUCGAGACAGUGCCAUUCAAGACAAUAGCCAUGUUCACAUUGUUCCAGACAAUGUACCUUUUGGUCUGCUUUGGAAUCACAUGGAUUCCAAUAGCUGGAGUUCUUUUCCCCCUCAUGAUCAUGCUCCUGGUUCCAGUCAGGCAGUACAUCCUCCCCAAGCUCUUCAAAGGUGCACAUCUAACUGACCUAGAUGCAGCUGAAUACGAGGAAUCACCGGCUAUACCAUUCAGCCUUGCUGCGCAAGACAUUGAUGUCGCAUUGGGACGCACCCAGAGUGCAGAAAUCCUAGACGACAUGGUCACGAGAAGCCGGGGUGAGAUCAAACGCCUCAACAGCCCGAAGAUCACCAGCUCAGGUGGCACACCUGUGGCAGAACUGAAAGGCAUCCGCAGCCCAUCCAUUUCUGAGAAAGCAUACAGCCCUCGUCUCACCGAGCUCCGGCAUGAGCGCAGCCCUCUGGGAGGGAGAAACAGCCCUAGGACGCCAUCCAAGUUGGGUGAAGGCUCAACACCGAAGUGAAUAAAGCAAUGAUUCAUAGUGCUUAAGCUUGCAACUACUGGCCAUCAGUUAUAUGAGUGAUUUUAAAGUGGUUUCAGUGCUAGUGUCCUUGUAUGAAGAUGUCCUCUGAUGAGAUUACUAUUUAUGUGUAUCUCUAGCCUCUUUUUCUUCUUUUUUGUGUUCUCCUGAUUAAAGGAGUGCUAUACAUGUAAUCUCUGAACUAGCAGAAUAUUAGAGUAACUACUUGAAAAACCCUGUCACUAGCAUAUUAUCAUUCAUUCAUUGUUUAUAAUAUUCAUUAAUAUGUACAUGAAA